AUGGUCCGCUUCAACUUGGCUAUUCUUGCUCUGAGCGCGACUGCCCUGGCGGUGACUACUCAUAAUGACCGCCGUGGACUCGAGGAUCUCGACGAGCCCCAUUUCAUCAGCAGGGACGCGCCAUUGAUGGACUUGUACAGGCGCCAAGUCCAGAAACAGGAUAGCCCCGAGAUCCAGAAGCUCAAAGACGAGCGAAAGGCCAUCUCACCUGAACUUGACCAGGCCAUACAGGCCAUGCGGGACGCUCGCAAGGCGGCCAACGCCGCCAUUCCCCAGGAUCUCAAGCAGAAGGAGGAGGCAGCAAUCCAGAAUGUCAAAACCAUGCGGGAAGGUCUCCCUGAAGACAAGAAAAACCAGCUCAAAGAGAACGCGAAGGCCAUUCAAGCUGAGAGGAAGAAGGAAAAGGCUUCUGCUUCUGCUCCGGCCAGUGCCCCGGCUCCCUCUGCUCCGGCUCCGACUCCGGCUUAG